AAAUUUUUUCGAAAUUAUAUGAAUAGAUUAGAUAAUGAACGUUUAUGUUCACUUGGUUAUCCCGCAGGAUCAAUACCAGUUCAAUAUCGUCCAAAAACACGAUUAACUGGAACUGUACAAUAUUAUCAUUGUACAAAUCAACAUAAAUAUAGCCUAAGUAAUCCAAGUCGACAAGAUUCAUUAAAUACAGCAGCUGCAAUAGCACAAGAAUUAUCACUAUUAAAUCCAACACCAAAUCGUCGUCAAUCAUUACUUAACAUACAAAAUAAUCCGAUUUGUUUUAUGCAACAAUAA